CUUGACUCCUCUACUCCGGAGCUGGCUGGCACUCUCGCUCCCUGUCUUGUGUAGGCCUGGGAUGUCAGUGGCCUGGUCAGCUCCCCUCAGCUGGGAAGGAAGAGAAGCUGCAAAGUUUCAGCCAUGGCUGCAAUCCGAAAGAAGCUGGUGAUUGUGGGUGAUGGAGCCUGUGGCAAGACCUGCCUUCUCAUUGUCUUCAGCAAGGAUCAGUUCCCAGAGGUCUACGUCCCUACUGUCUUUGAGAACUACAUUGCAGACAUUGAAGUGGAUGGCAAGCAGGUGGAGCUGGCUCUGUGGGACACAGCAGGGCAAGAAGACUAUGAUCGCCUGCGGCCUCUGUCCUACCCGGACACUGACGUCAUCCUCAUGUGUUUCUCCAUCGACAGUCCUGACAGCCUGGAAAACAUUCCUGAGAAGUGGACCCCAGAGGUGAAGCAUUUUUGUCCCAAUGUGCCCAUCAUCCUCGUGGGGAAUAAAAAGGAUCUGAGGCAAGAUGAGCACACCAGAAGAGAGCUGGCCAAGAUGAAACAGGAGCCUGUUCGAUCUGAGGAAGGCCGGGAUAUGGCAAACAGGAUCAGUGCCUUUGGCUACCUUGAGUGCUCAGCCAAGACUAAAGAAGGGGUGCGGGAGGUAUUUGAGAUGGCCACUCGGGCUGGCCUACAGGUCCGCAAGAAUAAGCGCCGGAGGGGCUGUCCCAUUCUCUGAGUUUCCCAAGGUCUCUCCAAUUUUCCCUCCUUCCUUUUCAAAGGGGUACAAAUUAUCCCCAUCCCACUCCAUCCUUCUAGGACUCCAUGCUGCCAGUUUCUUUUUUGGUUCCUUCCUGCCCAGGACUGCAUGAGUUUGUUUCCCCAGCCCCAAGUGGGGGCUGGUAGGCCCUUUCUUCCCUGCCUCUGGGAACCAGGCUGGUGCCCUGCCCUUCCUGUGCAGGGCUCCUCCUGCUGCGUUGGUCCAGGGGUAGGGCUCUUAGUCCUUUCGACCUUCCCCAUAUCACACACCAGCACUUUAUAUAUUUCUGGCUCACAGGAGGCAUCUGGGGUAGGGACUGGGAUUUCUGCUUUAGGUAGUAGCCUUGUCAACGACUUUACUUGGUGGGAGGGCAGGACAUGAAUAAAGGUCAAAGGUUGCACCAUG